AUGGAAGAGAAAAGAGCUACUGCGUUGCAGCAGUACCAGGACACUGAGGGGCACUUCUCACUUGUUAGGAAUUUUCGAUUAGCGGACCUCGUCACCAUUGCAAACGGAAUAUGUGCAUCGCUGUCAAUAUUCAUGUCCGCGAAGUACCUUGCUACGAACGAUGAAGACUAUCUAUGGUCGGCUCUGCUAUUUCCCUAUGCGGGAUUAAUGUUCGACUUUCUGGACGGGAAGGUAGCAAGGUGGCGGAACGAGAGCAGUAUGCUUGGGCAGGAGCUUGACAGCCUUGCAGAUCUCAUCUCCUUUGGGGUUGCACCUGCUCUACUUGCGUUUGUAGUAGGCCUCAGAACAUACCUCGACACGGUCGUUCUCACAGCAUUCAUCUGCUCUGGUCUUGCACGCCUCGCCCGUUUCAAUGCCACCGUCGCUCUGAUUCCUCAAGACAUAAAGGGAAAAGCGCGUUACUUCGAAGGCCUGCCGAUUCCCUCCUCACUCGUUUUGGUUGCAGUCCUGACCUAUUGGACGAAGAUGGGAUGGAUUGAGGGCAAGGAGGGGGUACCUAUGGGCACUAUCACACUUUGGGGAUCGAAGGGUGGUGAUGGCGACUUACACUUGAUGUGCGUCGUCUUCGGGCUGUGGGCGGCGGCAAUGGUUAGCAAAACGCUGCGCGUUCCCAAGAUCUGA